AUGCGGUACCUCAUUUCUGGCGAGCUGCGCUAUGCUAAGCAGUCCGGAAUGCUGGGUGAGGCUGAGGAGACUGACCUCCUUCCAGGUGACUCCUAUUGGAUAUCGGAAGCUGUCCUGUGGAUGAGCGAUUGGGAUCACGUGGGCGAGCUGACCGCGAGCCUCGAAUCAAAUCUGCUACUGAUAAGCCCUGAAUGCAUCCUGCCAUGGAGCCUCUUGUUUCCAGCCUCCCACAAGUUCCUGAAGACAUAUGCACAGGAUUUUGUCAAGUUCUAUCGGAAUUUGCCACAAGAAGAAUUGACAGAUGUCUUGGAGCCGGCGAUUGUGAGCCAUCUCGCGAACAACCAUGGGCGAUGCAAAAUCUCAGCACAGCUUUUCCGAUAG